AUGGUGGACGUGAUUGGUAGUAUUGAUAUAAUGGUGGACGUGGUUGAUGGUAUUGUUAUAAUAGGGGAUGUGGUUGGUGGUAUUGGUAUAAUUGUGAAUGUGGUUGGUGGUAUUGGUAUAAUGGUGGACCUGGUUGGUGGUAUUGAUAUAAUGGUGGAUGUGGUUGGGGGUAUUGGUAUAAUUGUGGAUGUGGUUGGUGGUCUUGGUAUAAUGGUGGAUGUGGUUGGUGGUAUUGAUAUAAUGGUGGAUGUGGUUGGUGGGAUUGGUAUAAUGGUGAAUGUGGUUGGUGGUAUUGGUAAAAUAGUGGACGUGGUUGGUGGUAUUGGUAUAAUGGUGGAUGUGGUGUGUGGUAUUGGUAUAAUGGUGGAUGUGGUUGGUGGUAUUGGGAUAAUGGUUGACGUGGCUGGUGGUAUUGGUAUAAGGGUGGAUGUGGUUGGUGGUAUUGAUAUAAUGGGGGAUGUGGUUGGUGGUAUUGAUAUAAUGGUGGAUGUGGUUGGUGAUAUUGGUAUAAUGGUGGACGUGAUUGAUGGUAUUGGUAUAAUGGUGGACGGGGUUGAUGGUAUUGGUAUAAUGGUGGACGGGGUUGAUGGUAUUGGUUUAAUGGUGGAUGUGGUUGGUGGUAUUGGGAUAAUGGUUGACGUGGCUGGUGGUAUUGGUAUAAGGGUGGAUGUGGUUGGUGGUAUUGAUAUAAUGGUGGAUGUGGCUGGGGGUAUUGAUAUAAUGGUGGACGUGGUUGAUGGUAUUGGUUUAAUUGUGGAUGUGGUUGGUGGUAUUGGUAUACUGGUGAAUGUGUUUGGUGGUAUUGGUAUAAUGGUGGACGUGGUUGGGGGUAUUGGUAUAAUGGUGGAUGUGGUUGGUGAUAUUGGUAUAAUGGUGGACGUGAUUGAUGGUAUUGGUAUAAUGGUGGACGGGGUUGAUGGUAUUGGUUUAAUGGUGGAUGUGGUUGGUGGUAUUGGUUUAAUGGUGGACGUGGUUUAUGGUAUUGGUUUAAUGGUUGAUGUGAUUGGUGGUAUUGGUAUAAUGGUGUACGUGGUUGAUGGUAUUGGUUUAAUGGUGGAUGUGGUUGGGGGUAUUGGUAUAAUGGUUGACGUGGCUGGGGGUAUUGGUAUAAUGGGGGAUGUGGUUGGGGGUAUUGAUAUAAUGGUGGAUGUGGUUGGUGGGAUUGGUAUAAUGGUGGAUGUGGUUGGGGGGAUUGGGAUAAUGGUUGACGUGGCUGGUGGUAUUGGGAUAAUGGUGGAUGUGGUGUGUGGUAUUGGUAUAAUGGUGGAUGUGGUGUGUGGGAUUGGUAUAAUGGUGGAUGUGGUUGGUGGUAUUGGUAUAAUAGUGGAUGUGGUUGGUGGUAUUGGUGUAAUGGUGGACGUGGUUUAUGGUAUUGGUUUAAUGGUGGAUGUGGUUGGUGGUAUUGGUGUAAUGGUUGACGUGGCUGGUGGUAUUGGUAUAAUGGUGGAUGUGGUUGGUGGUAUUGAUAUAAUGGUAGACGUGGCUGGUGGUAUUGGAAAAAUGGUGGACGUGGUUGGUGGUAUUGGUAUAAUGAUGGGCGUGGUUGCAAUUGUGGUAUAUUAA